AUGGCAAAAGAAGCUAGAUCUCAGCGGGUUAACAUUCUUAGUGAAAAGAGAAAUUGUGUUGAAGUAAAGAGUGCUACUCUUACCCACACAAGCCAAAGUGGUAGUCAGGCACUCUCUUCAGCUCAUAAUGGUACUUUAUCAUCUUUUGAACUCACUGGAAGGAAAAGGCAUCAUCAUAGUGGGGAAACAGUUGAGCAAAACAAUGGCAAAUUCCAGUCGAAUUGCAGUGCAGUUGAUAACCCUGACGUUCAGAUACCCGGUCCAGAAAGUUUCACAGACUUACUUCGAUCAAUGAGUAGUGUUGUUGGAGGUCUACAUAGCCAGAAGCAAUCAACCGAUGCAAGUCCUAUGAACAUUAGGGAAUUCUAUUUUUCCCGUAAUUCGGUCAUCUCACCCAUUGCCUCAGAUUCUGAUUCUGAAGAGAGCUGUGACGAUAUCUGGCAUGUAGAUACAAGCAAUGCGGAGAAUGAAUAUCAUUACUUUUCAGAAACAGAGAGUGAGGAUGAAAGUCAAGUAGUUGAGGAACACGAAGAGGACUACAAUAAUGACGCAUCUACAUCUCUUGGAAGGAUUGAUUCUGCCCCAAAAUUAAAACGUAGAAGAACCCAGUCGAAGAAGACUUUGUCGAACGUAACGAAAGAAGGUUACAAAGAUGACGGUGAUAUUGACAACGAAUGUCCAGUUUGCGGAGCAUUGUUUUGGUAUAAUGAGCGAAUCAGUAAGAAUAGAAAAGCUAAAAGAGCUGUUUUCACGAUGUGUUGUAUGAGGGGGAAAAUCAAACUUCCACUACUGCAGGAACCCCCAGAGUUUCUACAAGGACUUCUAACCAACGACGAUGCUAUCAGUAAGCAUUUCAGAGAAAAUAUUAGAUCACUGAAUAUGAUGUUUUCCUUUACUUCACUUGGAGGAAAGAUUGACAAUUCCGUCAACAGUGGAAAAGGUCCUAAAGUUUUUAAACUACAUGGUGAGAAUUAUCAUUUGAUUGGGAGUAUGAAACCUAAGCCCAAAGAGAAAGCAAAGUUCUCGCAGUUAUACAUACAUGAUACUGAGAACGAGGUUCAGAACAGAAUUUCAGCAUUGAGUGGUAAUUCUGAGCGAAGUAAAAUCAGAGAAGAUUUGGUGGAGUCUAUUAUGAAUAUGUUAAGACAGUGUAAUGUCCAUGUGAAGACGUUCCGCAAUGCAAUGGACAGAUUUAAUGAUGAAGAAGAUAGUCAGGAGCUGUGUCUGAAACUUAUCCAUAACCGUGUAAAGGAUGGACGAGUAUACAAUCUCCCUACAUCGUCUGAAAUUGCUGGGUUAGUUGUUGGAGAUUUCCGAAUUAACAUGGAUAAAAGAGAUAUUAUUCUGGAGAAAAAUUCGGGAAAACUGAAAAGGAUUCAUGAGUUGCACCCUUGCUAUUUACCACUUCAAUAUCCUCUUAUAUUCCCUUACGGAGAAGAUGGAUUUCGAUUGGGGAUCCAGCAUGGUUAUACAGGAAACAAGAAAAAUAAGAAACCGAAUAUUAGUAUGCGAGAAUUCUUUGCAUAUCGGAUUCAAAUCCGGAAGGUUGGUUCUCAAGCACUUCUUCUUUCAAGGCGUUUACUUCAGCAGUUUUUGGUCGAUGCUUAUACAAUGAUCGAAACUCAUAGGCUUCGGUACAUAAGGAAAAACCAGGCGAAUCUAAGGUCUUUGAGUUUCAGUAAGUUUGUGGCUGCUUCGAAUCAGGGUUUAUCCUCUCUUCCUAUUGAAGGAAACCGUAUCAUAAUUCCCUCAUCUUUCACCGGUGGGCCUCGGUACAUGCAUCAGAUGUAUUUGGAUGCAAUGACUAUAUGCAAAUAUUAUGGGUUCCCUGAUUUAUUUAUCACUUUCACAUGUAACCCUAAAUGGCCAGAGUUGACCAGAUAUUUUGCAAAAUAUAACUUGAGAUCGGAGGAUAGGCCAGAGCUUUGUUGCAGAUUAUUCAAGAUAAAGCUUGAUAGCUUGAUGGAUGAUCUAACUAAGAAGCACUUGCUUGGAAAAACAGUUUCGGCCAUGUACACGAUUGAGUUUCAAAAAAGAGGGCUUCCACAUGCUCAUAUUUUGUUAUUCAUGGAUGCCAGAGACAAAUUUCCAUGUGCUGAGGAUAUUGAUCGCAUAAUAUCAGCUGAGAUUCCUAAGAGAACUGAAGAACCUAUAUUGUAUGAAAUCGUGAGAGACACUAUGAUUCAUGGUCCAUGUGGUGUUGUUAACAAGGAUUCUCCCUGCAUGAUAGAUGGUAAGUGUUCAAAAUUCUCUCCUAGGAAGAUUGUAGAGAAAACAACAGUUGACUCACAAGGCUAUCCUGUAUACCGGAGAAGAGAUAAUGGUGCUUUCAUUGAGAAAAGGGGUAUUCAGUUGGAUAACAGGUUUGUCGUUCCUUAUAACAAAGAGCUUCUUCUUGGAUACAAUGCACAUAUCAAUGUCGAGUGGUGUAACCAGUCUCGAUCUAUUAAGUAUCUAUUUAAGUACAUCAACAAAGGACAUGAUUGUGUUACUGCAACAGUAACUCAGAAAUCUAAAAGUGAUGCCAUGGCGUCAGAGGAUAAUUCAGAUACUACUAAUUCUGGAAAUAAUGCAAACCCCGCUGAGGGUGAUGAGGAAGAAACCGUUGAUGAAAUUAAAAAGUAUUUCGAGGCCAGGUACAUUUCUGCUUGCGAAGCCACAUGGAGAAUUUUAGCCUUUCCAACACAUUAUCGAUCUACACCUGUGGAGAAACUAACGUUUCACCUAGAAGGAGAUCAACCGGUGAUUUAUAGAGAGGGUGAUACAGUUGAUACUGUAAUGGCUCGUGCUAAAACAACCAAAACGAUGUUUUUAGCUUGGUUUGAUUGUUGCGAGAAUUAUCCAGAAGCUAGACUACUUACUUAUGCAGAACUUCCAACUAAAUUCAUAUAUGAUGCGAAGGCUACUGUGUGGAAAAAACGGAAGAAGGGUUUUGCUAUUGGAAGGUUGACACCUGUUUCACCAAGUGCUGGAGAACUUUUUUAUCUGAGGGUAUUGAUUAAUAAGGUUAAAGGGUCAAGGUCUUAUGAUGACAUCAAGACAGUAGAUGGAAUUCUUUAUCCAAGUUUUGAGGACGUCUGUUAUGAGCUUGGUUUGUUGGAUGAUGACAAAGAGUAUAUUGAAGCUCUAAAAGAAUAUCUCAUCUUGACAGAAGAAAAGAUUGAGAAUAUCACGUUGUUGAUGAUAGAUAAGUUGCUGCGAAAAAAUAAUACAUCUUUGGAACGAUGGAAGACCAUGCCUCAGCCAGUUGACAAUGAUCAAUAUUCUCAUGGUAAUCAGCUUCUCGAAGAUGAACUUAAUUACCCUCAGGAAGAGUUGCGCACUAGACACCAGGAACUGUUUAGACAGUUGACCGAUGAGCAGAGGACAGUAUACGAAGAGAUAAUGGCCUCUGUCAAUACAUCAUCAGGAGGGGUCUAUUUUGUAUAUGGAUACGGUAGAACAGGGAAAACAUUUAUCUGGAAUCUGCUUUCAGCUUCUAUACGUUCAAGAGGUGAUAUCGUUCUAAAUGUUGCUUCUAGCGGAAUUGCAGCUUUACUACUACCUGGAGGAAGAACAGCGCAUUCCAGAUUUAGCAUUCCAAUUAACCCAGAUGAAUUCUCUACAUGCAAGAUUCAACCAGGUAGUGAUCAGGCAGAAUUAAUUUCAAAAGCGUCUCUUAUUAUUUGGGACGAAGCCCCUAUGAUGAGUAGACAUUGCUUUGAAGCUUUAGAUCGCAGUCUCUGUGACAUUAUGAAGACAACCGAUGAAACUCCUUUUGGUGGUAAAGUGGUAGUCUUUGGAGGUGAUUUCAGACAAAUAUUACCAGUUAUUCCUAAGGGAAAUCGAACUGAUAUAGUUAUGGCUGCUCUAAACUCAUCGUAUUUGUGGAAAUAUUGCAAAGUUUUGGAGUUAACCAAAAAUAUGAGGCUUUUUUCAGAACAAAAUCAUAGUGCAGCUGCGGAGAUAGCUGAAUUUUCAAAAUGGAUAUUGGACGUAGGAGAUGGAAAGAUAAAUGAGCCGAACACUGGUGAAACUAUGAUAGACAUUCCUAAGGAUCUUUUGAUUACACAAUGUAAUGAUCCUAUUGAGGCUAUAGUGUCCGAAGUAUAUGGGACUACAUUCAAAGACUCUAAAGACCCGUUAUUUUUUCAAGAGCGAGCUAUUCUGUGUCCAACUAAUGAAGAUGUCGAUGUCAUUAACAACUACAUGCUUGAUCACCUAACUGGGGAAGAGAGAAUAUAUUUGAGUUCAGAUUGUAUUGAUCCUGCUGAUACUAAAUCGAAAGAUGACUCUGUAUUCACACCUGACUUUCUUAAUAGUAUCAAAGCAUCUGGGUUACCUAAUCAUUCUUUACGGCUGAGGAUUGGUACACCAGUGAUGCUAUUGCGGAAUCUUAAUACUAACGAAGGUCUGUGUAACGGGACAAGGUUGCAAAUUACCCAACUGGGUAAUCAUCUCCUCGAAGCUAAGGUUAUUACAGGCACUAGAGCAGGUGAGAAGGUUUUCUUACAUCGUAUUCUGAUAACACCUACCGAUUCUAAGCUUCCUUUUAAGAUGAGGCGUAGACAAUUUCCUUUGAAAGUAGCUUUUGCCAUGACAAUAAACAAAAGCCAGGGACAAACACUAGCGAAAGUGGGUCUGUUUUUGCCUAGACCAGUGUUCUCGCAUGGCCAGUUGUAUGUAGCUGUCUCUCGAGUGAAGUCCAGGAAAGGGUUAAAGAUCUUAAUUACAGACAAAGAUGGGGCGUGCCCACAGAGCUCAACCAUGAAUGUUGUUUACAAGGAAGUUUUCCAGAAUUUGUUUGAAGAGAAAGACACACAAAGUUGA